AUGGGACAAGCUUUGCGAUUUAGUCGCUUCCUUCGCCACUACUUCCUUGGGCCGUCAAGCCCUCAAGGUCCCCUUUUCAGCCUUUUCUCCUAUGUUUGGUUGGUUGGGUUGAGUCCAUUGAAAUUUAUAGAUUUUGAUAAAAAUGACCAGCUAUGGUCUCUGAAUCAAACUUUUGAAGAAAGUCUUGCACUUCUCGAGGAAACCAAUGCUGCCGUUGAAAUGCACAAGCAUGGCACUCUCAGAUUGCACAUGGGGCACCUUGAUGCUAUGCUGGUCAAAACUGCCGUUCAACAUGCCCGGAGAAGUAUACAUGUGAGUGGCAACGAGGCACAAGCCAUUGUCUCUCUUCUGCAGUGUGCAGAGAUCUUGCAGGGCGAUCUCAAGGCUGCAAUCAAGGAGGACAAAGAUUGGCAUGGUCGUUUUAUGCCUCUUACGGAUCUGAUAAUGGAAUUUGUCAUCAAUCGGUCCUUAAUUAAAGCGAUAGAGCAAGCUGUUGAUGAAGAUGGCUCUAUUAAGGACUCUGCGAGUCCAGCCCUUAAACAGUCACGCCAACAAGUGCAAGUGAUUGAGAGAAAGGUAAAACAGCUAAUAGAGACCAUAAUCAGGAGUGAGAGGAGUGAAAAUUCAAUCCUAGAAGUGAACAAUGUUGAUGGCAGGUGGUGCAUAAGAGUAGAUUCUAGACAGAAUACAAGUUUUAAGGGUCUAUUAUUGUCCAGCGGAUCAGGGGUUGGAAGUUUUAUAGAGCCACUUUCUACUGUUUCUUUAAAUGAUGAGUUGCAGCGAGCAAGAAGUUUGGUCACAAAGGCUGAAACAGAUGUGCUUUUGACAUUAACCAAAAAGAUGCAGCUGGACCUUGAUGAUAUUGAAAAGAUAUUGAACAGUUUGGUUCAACUAGAUGUGAUUAAUGCUCGUGCAACUUAUGGACUUUCAUUUGGAGGGUCAAGUCCUCAUAUAUUUUUGCCAGAUAGGAGUGGCUCUUCUACUGCAGAAGCCUUCUUACCAAGGAAUGUAAAUUCCUAUGGACCAGUACCGACCAAAAGGGAAUGGAAGUUGUAUCUUCUAAAAGCUUAUCAUCCUCUUUUGCUGCAGAGGCAUAGGGAGAAUUUGCAGAAGACCAAAAAGGAUGUCAAUCUUGCUGCUUCAGUUAAGAGAGCGGUUUCUAUUCUUGAGUUGGAAAUGUUUGAUGAAAAGGCUUCCAUGUUGUCUGAUACCGCUCUGGACAAUGCCCUGCCAGUACCAGUUGAUUUUUUGGUAUCUAAGAAAACUCGUGUCAUAGUUAUAACUGGCCCUAAUACUGGUGGUAAAACCAUAUGUUUGAAGACUGUAGGAUUGGCUGCUAUGAUGGCAAAAUCAGGUCUCUACGUUCUUGCUUCGGAGUCUGCGAAAAUUCCUUGGUUUGAUUCUGUUUUUGCUGACAUUGGUGAUGAGCAGUCCUUAUCACAAUCUUUGUCUACGUUCUCUGGUCACUUGAAGCAGAUAAGUGUUGGUGCAGGAACAAACCCUCUCGAAGGAGCAGCACUAGGAAUGUCAUUGUUGGAAUCUUUUGCCCAUGACAGUUGUUUGUUGACUAUGGCUACAACUCAUCAUGGUGAAUUGAAAACUUUAAAAUACAGUAAUGAGGCCUUUGAAAAUGCAUGUAUGGAGUUUGAUGAAGUGAAUUUGAAGCCAACUUACAAGAUUCUUUGGGGUGUACCAGAAUUUACACAGCAAAUGACAAAGGUUAGCGGAGCAAUGGUAAGAAAACAUGGUAAAACGUCAGAACGUCUCCAAUCCUUGAAGACCAAGAUUUUCAUUGUAGGGCGCUCAAAUGCAAUAAAUAUAGCUGAGAGGUUGGGACUACCGUCUGUUGUUGUUGAUACUGCUCGUAAGUUGUAUGGUUCUGCUAGUGCAGAGAUAGAUGAGGUAAUAACUGAUAUGGAAAGGUUAAAACAAAAUUCCAAAGUGCUGAUGGAUGAAGCGCGUAAUUAUCUGAUGAACUCUAGAGGACUUUACAAUAGUCUGUUGAACGCAAGAAGGAAGAUCAUGAAACAUAGUACUAAUAUACGAUUUAAGAAGAUGAGAGAUGUAUCUGAGGCUGCAGCAAUGGCAAGGUCCAUCCUUCACAAGAAAGUGAGGGAAUUGGACGCAUCAGCGAAGCAACCUUCACAAAACAUAAAAACUAUUAGCAGCUCUCAUUUUUCAGCAACCAACAAAAGCCAAACUGCAGCAGAUAACAAAGUACCUACUGUUGCUGAUAGAAGUACAUCUGCUGUAAAAGUUUUCAAACAAUCAUCAUCAGGUUCAGAUAAGUCCAAGCCUCCUAAGGUUGGUGAUAUGGUUCAUGUCUCUUCCCUUGGGAAAAAAGUGACUGUUUUAAAAGUGGAUUCAUCCAAAGGAGAAAUUGUAGUUCAAGCUGGAAUCAUGAAGUUGAAGCUGAAACUAACUGACAUUCAAAUAUCAUAG